AUGCUCCGCGGCCUCGUCCAAGGCACUCGCACGACACUCGCAGCUACACCGUUCCUCACACGCCCGCUCACCUCGUCCGCCGCGCUCCUCGCCCGCUCAAAGAUGAGCCAGCCGACUUCGACGACGCCCGUCAAGGACGCCCACCCGUUCGAGCGCAGCCAGCUCGAGAGCUUGCUCAUUCGCAGGUUCUUCUAUGCGCCCGCUUUCGAGAUCUAUGGCGGUGUCAAGGGUCUCUACGACUACGGUCCUCCCGGCUCGUCGCUCCAGGCCAACAUCAUCGACACAUGGCGCAAGCACUUCAUCAUCGAGGAAGAGAUGCUCGAGCUCGACACGACCAUCAUGACGCUCUCGGACGUCCUCAAGACCUCGGGUCACGUCGACAAGUUCACCGACUGGAUGGUCAAGGAUUCCAAGACGAACGAGGUCUACCGCGCGGACCACCUCAUCGAGGGUGUCCUCGAGGCGCGCUUGAAGGGCGACAAGGAAGCGCGCGGCGUCAAGGAGCUGCAGGAGGAGGAGGACGCGACGGCCAAGAAGAAGAAGAAGAAGGUCAAGUCGGUGGCGGUCAAGCUCGAUGACAAGGUCGUCGAGGAGUACGAGCAGAUCCUCGCCAAGAUCGACAACUACACCGGCGCUGAACUUGGUCAGCUCAUCCGCGAACACAAGAUCGUCGCGCCCGAGACGGGCAACGAGGUCACGCAGCCUGUCGAGUUCAACCUCAUGUUCGACUCCAACAUCGGCCCUACCGGCCAGCUCAAGGGCUACCUCCGCCCCGAAACCGCUCAGGGUCACUUUGUCAACUUCAACCGCCUCCUCGACUUCAACAACGGCCGUGUCCCCUUCGCCUCGGCACAGAUCGGUCGCUCGUUCCGUAACGAGAUCUCGCCUCGGUCGGGUCUUCUGCGUGUCCGCGAGUUCACCAUGGCUGAGAUCGAGCACUUUGUCGACCCGCUCGACAAGGCGCACGAGCGCUUCGAGUCGGUCAAGGACAUCAAGCUCCGCUUGCUGCCGAAGGACGUUCAGGCAGAGGGUCGGACCGACAUCUCGGAGAUGACCAUCGGCGAGGCUGUCAAGACCGGCAUGGUUGACAACUCGACCCUCGGCUACUUCAUCGCGCGCAUCUACCUCUUCCUUACCAAGAUCGGCAUCAACCCCGCCCGCCUCCGCUUCCGCCAACACAUGGCGAACGAGAUGGCUCACUACGCCGCCGACUGCUGGGACGCCGAGAUCGAGACCUCGUACGGCUGGAUCGAAUGUGUCGGUUGCGCAGACCGCUCCGCAUACGACUUGACUGUCCACUCGGUCAAGACGCAGAACAAGCUUGUUGUCCGACAGGCGCUCAAGGAGCCUCGGAUCGUCGAGCGCAACGUUCCCGCGAUUGACAAGAAGGCGUUCGGCCCGCUGUUCAAGAAGGAUGCGAAGGCGAUUGAGGAGGCGAUCAACGCGCUCAGCGAGGAGGAGCUCGUGAAGGCUAUGCAGCAGUUGAAGGAGCAGCAGCAGGCGACUGUCAAGGUCAACGGCCAGGAGUUCCAGGUCCCUGCGAACGUCCUCACGAUCACCCCGACUCAGAUCAAGGAGAUGGUCCGUGAGUUCGUCCCGAACGUCAUCGAGCCCUCUUUCGGUAUCGGCCGCAUCCUCUACUCCCUCCUCGAGCACUCCUUCUGGGCUCGCGCCGACGACGUCAACCGCGGCGUCCUCUCCCUCCCUCCCGCCGUCGCACCCAUCAAGUGCCUCAUCGUCCCCCUCUCCUCCAACUCCGAGUUCAAGCCGCUUGUCGCCCAGGUCUCGCAGAAGCUCCGCAGCCUCGGUAUCGCGUCGCGCGUUGACGACUCGAACGCCUCGAUUGGCAAGCGGUACGCGCGCAACGACGAGCUCGGCACGCCCUUCGGUGUCACGCUCGACUUUGCCUCCGUCAAGAACAACACGAUGACUCUCCGCGAGCGCGACACGACCCUGCAGCUCAUCGGCUCGAUCGACGAGGUCAUCCAGGUCGUCAGCGAGCUCUGCAACGGCUCGCUCUCGUGGACCGACGCCCAGAGCCGCCUCCAGCCUUACAGCGGCUCGCAGGAUGCGUAG